AUGGAGAAAAUCAGAGCAGAGCUUGCUGCAGUCACAAAUCAUAAUCGAUCAAUUUCAUUAUCUGACAAGGACCAUACCCCAUAUCUGAACUGGACAUUACUGGAAAUACAUCGUCUGGCGGCCAUUCUAAAUUUGAAUUUGUUCCGCAGAACCAAGGAAAGCAGAAUUGUCGGCGGACAUUCCAUACCUAAAGACACUGCGAUUGCUGCUGAACUAUCUGUAAUAAUGAGUGAUGAAAACCACUUCAAAGAACCUGCUAAG